AUGGCGCCUUUUGAGCUUGCUGCUCGGUCUGGCACCGCUGCGAGGCGACUGCUCACACGCACGCGGCCCUUCGCCGCCUCGCCCCCUUCCUCUUGCCUUCCUACGAGGCGAACCUUUGCCGUUGCCCACGACAUCGAUCAGCUCGACGCUGCCAUCCGACCCUCCCUACCCAAGUCGAUCAAGCCCGACACCUACCGCAAGCUGCACGACAAGCUGAUCCAGGUCCGCCACGCUCUCGGCAACCGGCCCCUCACCCUGGCCGAGAAGAUUCUCUACAGCCAUCUCGAUAAUGUAGACCAGUCCCUGCUCACCAACACGAGCAAUGGCCGUGACAUUCGUGGCAGUGCCAACCUCAAGCUGAACCCGGACCGCGUCAACAUGCAGGAUGCCUCUGCCCAGAUGGCUCUGCUGCAGUUCAUGUCCUGCAACCUGACGCAGGCUGCCAUCCCUGCCAGCAUCCACUGCGAUCACUUGAUUGUCGGCGAGAAGGGCGCCGACCUGGAUCUGACGGAGGGCAUCAACAUGAACAAGGAGGUCUUUGACUUCCUCGAGUCGGCUGCGAGGAAGUACGGCAUGGACUUCUGGCCUCCCGGAGCUGGCAUCAUUCACCAGACGGUCCUGGAGGUCUAUGCCCUCCCUGGCCUGAUGAUGCUCGGCACGGACAGCCACAGCCCCAACGCUGGCGGUCUCUCCACCAUCACCAUCGGUGUCGGUGGCGCUGACGCUGUCGAGGCUCUCGUUGGAGCCCCUUGGGAGCUCAAGGCCCCCCGCAUUCUCGGCGUCAAGCUCACCGGCCAGCUCAGCGGAUGGGCUUCCCCCAAGGAUAUCAUUCUCGCCCUCGCCGGUAAGCUGACCGUCCGUGGCGGCACCGGCUACAUUCUGGAAUACUUUGGUGAGGGUGUUGAGACCCUGAGCGCCACCGGCAUGGCAACCUGCUGCAACAUGGGAGCCGAGGUCGGCGCCACAACGUCCAUCUUCCCCUACACCAAGGCUUCCGAGCGCUACCUGCUGCAGACCAGGAGAGAGGCGCAACACCGCGCCAUUGAGUCCUUCCGCACCUGGGGCGACUUUGACUUCCGCGCCGACCAGGGUGCGCAGUACGACGAAGUCAUCGAGAUCAACCUCUCUGAGCUCGAGCCUCACAUCAACGGCCCUUUCACGCCCGAUCUGUCGACACCCCUCUCUUCCUUUGGAGAGACUGUGGCUCAGGAGGACUGGCCGACAACGCUCUCUGCUGGUCUCAUUGGCAGCUGCACGAACAGCUCGUACGAGGACAUGACGAGGGUCGAGAGCCUCGUCACGCAGGCCGAAAAGGCGGGUCUGAGGCCCAAGGCACCCUUCUACAUCACGCCUGGCAGCGAACAGAUCCGUGCUACCCUUGAGCGUGACGGCACCCUGCAGACGCUCGAGGGCGCUGGCGGCAUCGUUCUGUCGAACGCUUGCGGCCCCUGUAUCGGCCAGUGGAAGAGGCAGGACGACAUUGCGAAGGGUACCCCGAACGCCAUCCUCACCUCGUACAACCGGAACUUCCGUGGCCGCAACGAUGGUAACCCCGGUACCAUGAACUUCCUCGCUUCACCUGAGAUUGUCACCGCCAUGGCCUAUGCCGGCUCGACGACCUUCAACCCCAUCACCGACGAGCUCAAGACACCUGAUGGCAAGUCUUUCCGCUUCGAACCCCCGCAAGGUCUCGAGGGGCCCAGGACGCCAUUCGACUCGGGUGUCAAGGGCCUCCAGUCGCUCUCCCCCGACGGUCCCAGCCCUGCUGUGGAAAUCGCCAUCGCGCCUUCCUCCGAGCGCCUAGCCUUCCUUGAGCCCUUUGAGGCCUUCCCCGAGGGCGACCUCGAGGGCCUCAAGGUCCUUGUUAAGGUCACGGGCAAGUGCACGACCGACACCAUCUCCGCCGCCGGUCCCUGGCUCAAGUACAAGGGCCACCUGCCCAACAUCAGCGCCAACACACUCAACACGGCCGUCAACGCCGCCACAGGCGAGGUUAACGUCGCCUAUGACCUCGACGGCUCUCGCCACACCAUCCCUGACCUCGCCUUCCGCUGGAAGGCUGCUGGUCAGCCGUGGCUCGUCGUUGCUGAGCACAAUUACGGCGAGGGCAGCGCGCGUGAGCACGCCGCCCUGCAGCCCCGCUUCCUCGGCGCGCGUGUCGUCCUGACCAAGUCCUUUGCUCGCAUUCACGAGACGAACCUGAAGAAGCAGGGCGUCGUGCCCCUGACCUUUGCCAACGAGGCCGACUACGACCUCAUCGACGCCGGCGACGAGGUCAGCACUGUCGGCCUCUACGAGAUGCUGCAGAACGGGGGCAAGGGCGACGUCCAGCUUCGCGUCAAGAAGGCGGCCGGCGGCGAGGAGGUGCUAAUCAAGACCAAGCACGCCGUGAGCGAGGACCAGGCCGGCUUCAUCCUGGCUGGCAGCGCGUUGAGCAUGUUGUCCAAGAGGGCGCAUGCUUGA